ACUGCUUCACACCCGAAGUCUUAAAAUCAAAUUAAAAAAAAAAUUCCUUACCGUAAUUAACCAUGGCCAUGUUGGCUUGAGAGUGUGUGAGAUAGUGAACCCAUCUUGGCUCCACUGCGGGCACAUUGAGAGUUUAAAAUGGCCACGUCAACUGCCCUCUUGCCUGCCAUGCCUGCCUCCUCUCAUCCUCAGAUGAAAAACAUAUGGCAGUUGAAGGAAGACAUGUGGUUGCUGUCCAUGGAGGUGCCUGGGACAUCCCUGAGCCCUUGUGGGAGGCUUCCCUUACUGGUGUGAAGUUGGCGGCUCUGCGUGCUUUUGAGGUUAUGGACGCUGGAGGCAGUGCUGUGGAUGCGGUGGAGGCAGCUGUUGUCCUCAUGGAGGAAGACCCUGUCUUUGACGCAGGUCGUGGCUCGGUGCUGACCAGUGCUGGCACUGUGGAGGGUUGUGCUCUGAUCAUGUCAGGCUCCGACCUCAGUACAGGGGCUGUGGCUUGUGUCAGUAACCUACUGAACCCUGUCAGCCUCGCACGCAGGGUUAUGACAAAGACCCCUCAUGCUCUGCUCUCAGGCGCAGGAGCGGAUGCUUUCGCCAGAUCAGAAGGCGUGCAACAGCUGCCUGUAGAGGAGCUCAUCACGGAAGAAGCACGUCGGCAGCUGGCGCUCUACCGUAAAUACCGAACAACCGUUACUUCACUCUUUAACACGGAGAGUGGAACGGUUUCAGCAAACGGAGAUAUUACUGGGCAACCGCAACAAGUGGCACAACAAGACAAACAACUAGCGUCGCCACAACAAGGCCAUGACACAGUUGGUUGUGUGGCGCUUGACGCAGAUGGCCAUGUGGCGUGCGCUACAUCCACAGGUGGCAUCACCAACCAGCUGCCUGGACGAGUUGGGGACUCUCCUCUGGUGGGGUGUGGGGGCUACGCAGACGACGCUGCAGGGGCGGUGUCCACCACAGGGCAUGGAGAGAGCCUCAUGAAGGCCUGCCUCGCCCACCGCGUCACUCAGAGCCUGCGCCACGGUCUGUCAGCAGCAGCCGCUGGUCGGGAGGCCCUGACGUACAUGCUGACGCGGGUGGGGGGACGCGGCGGGUGUGUCGUGGUCAGCAGCUCCGGGGACGUCGCGACGCCCUACACCACCGCGCGCAUGCCCUGGGCCUACGUCAGGGACCGUGCCCUGCACUGGGGGGGCCUUGUGCCCUGCCAGCAUUUCACUGAGGCUCUGUCUCACGUCAGCCCGUCACUGAGGCCUUCUCCUCAGCCGCAAUGAGGCCCUCACGUCAGUCCGUCACUGAGGCCCUCACAUCAGCCCGUCACUGAGCCCCUCACGUCAGCCCGUCACUGAGCCCCUCACGUCAAUCCGUCACUGAGGCCCUCACAUCAGCCCGUCACUGAGCCCCUCACGUCAGUCCGUCACUGAGGCCCUCACGUCAGCCCGUCACUGAGCCCCCACGUCAGUCCGUC